GGCUGCGUUCCUCAUGAGGAGCCAUUCACUCUCUUCUCGGACACCAGACAAGACGGAACAAAUCCUUCUUAAAAGAACUUUUUGAUAUUUACUUUUAAAAUUUUUCUUUCGAUGGAAAUGAGUUUGGUCUCUCUACUCUCUGUAGUUUUCAAGUGUUUGCUGCUAGCAAGUCUGGCAAACAUCUCUUCGGCGGAGGCAGUCAGUCUUCGAGAGUGGCCGGACCAACUGAACUCUAGUUUGACCACAGCCGAAUGGGGUUUCGGCGCCGCUCUGGAAGCAGCGCUGACAAGGCAAGCGUGGCUGUGGUCCUUGCUGGGAACGGUAGUUGUUGGAUUAAGUGGCGUAUUUCCACUUCUAGUAAUUCCUAUUGGUGAUAACGCCGAUCUCAACAAAGGCGAAUCCGCAAAUACACUUCGGCUGCUUUUGAGUUUUGCAGUGGGCGGUCUACUUGGGGAUGUCUUCAUCCACCAGCUACCAGAAGCCUGGACGUCCAAUAACAAUGGCUCUGAAAUUAACAAAAUUACUACGGGCCUGUGGGUUCUGGCUGGUGUGUUGGUCUUCACAGUUCUUGAAAUGGCUUUGCACGAUGAAAACGACGAGAAAACAAAACGUUCGGAUGAAAAUUCUAAUCCCGCUAUUCAUGAUGAAGAAUCGGAAAUUUCAGAAAAUAAGGGCAAGGUCAAAGUUUCUGGUUACCUAAACUUGCUGAACAACAGCAUGGACAAUUUUAUGCACGGUCUGGCUGUCGGAGGCAGCUUUAUGAUCUCUUUUAAAAUGGGAUUGGUCACCACUAUUGCUCUGCUGAUCCAUGAAGUACCUCACGAAAUUGGAGAUUUCGCCAUUCUCCUCAGGUCUGGAUUCAGCAGAUGGGAAGCGGCAAGGGCGCAGAUGAUGACCGCCUCUGUCGGCCUCUUGGGAGCUUUAGUUGCAAAUCUCAGUUCUGCCUCUAAUCUAGAGGAAAAUAAUCUGUGGGUUGUCCCAUUUACUGCUGGAGGAUUUUUGCACAUUGCCCUUGUAAGUCUAUUACCAGAGCUAGUAGCCGAGGAAGACAAGAAAGAAUCAAUUAAGCAAAUUUUCAGUCUUUUUGGUGGAAUUGCUGUUAUUUUUCUGUUGACAAAUGCUUUAUAAACUCAUUUCAAUAAAAACUUAAUUAAAGAUCUUUAGACUUUGCCAA